AUGUCUCCCAUCCACCUGCUUCUGCUCCUGGACUGCGGUCUCCCCCACCCCUCACCUCGGAUCGUGGGUGGCUCAGGCUCCCGGCCCGGGGCCUGGCCAUGGCAGGUGAGUCUUCAUCAUGGACAGAGCCACGUCUGUGGAGGCAGCCUCAUCACGGAUUCCUGGGUCCUCUCUGCAGCCCACUGCAUGAUGGAUAAUGGGACGAUGACCCAGGCAGAGGACUGGUCAGCUCACCUGGGCCUCUGGUCUCAGGACAAGCAGCAGACCUAUGAGCAACACCGCGAGGUGGUGACCAUCUUGAUCCCAGAGAACUAUACAAGUGUGGAAUUGGGAGAGGAUAUCGCCCUGCUCCGCCUGGCUACCCCUGCUAACAUCACGGACUUUGUCCGGACCGUCUGCCUGCCCCGAGCCACCCAUCGCUUCCCCAGUGGGGCCACCUGUUGGGCCACGGGGUGGGGAGACCUACAGGAGGAGGACCCACUGCCUCCAUCAUGGAGGCUUCAGCAGGUGGAGCUACGGCUCCUGGGAGGGACGGCCUGCCAGUGCCUGUACAGCCAGCCGGGGCCCUUCAACCUUACCUUCCACCUACUGCCGGGAAUGCUGUGCGCUGGUUACAGAGAAGGCCGGCGGGAUACCUGUCAGGGAGACUCUGGGGGACCCCUAGUCUGUGAGGAAGGGGGUCACUGGGUCCAGGCCGGGAUCACCAGCUUCGGCUUUGGCUGCGGACGGAGAAACCGGCCUGGGAUCUUUACUGCCGUGGCCCGCUAUGAAGCUUGGAUCCGGGAGCGGACAAGAGCCACCUUCCUCUCCCAGCCCGAGCCCCCGCCGUCGGAACCCCCUGAGGAGAACUGCACUCUCGCCCUCCCCGUGUGUGGGCAAGCCCCUCGUCCCGGCACCUGGCCCUGGAGCACGGAGGUGGUGGUCCCAGGAGCCAGCAACCCCUGCCACGGAGUACUGGUGUCAGAGAACUGGGUCCUGGCUCCCGCCAGCUGCUUCCUGGGAACCGACACACUGUCCCCUAACAUCAGCGGCUGGAGGGUCCUCCUGCCCCCGGGGGUCCGCUCUGUCCCGGUCACCCACUUCAUCCCAAAUGAGAACUUCACCCAAGAUGCCGACUAUGAUCUGGCCCUGCUGAAGCUAGAGACCCCAGUGAAUCUGACUCAGGAUACCCAGCCUCUGUGCCUGCCCCACCCCGACCACUACUUCUUGCCCGGCAGCCGGUGCCGCCUGGCCCUCUGGGGCCUUGGGGAGUCACCUGAGGGUCCCAACUCGCUGCUGGAGGCCCAGUUGAUGGGCAGCUGGUGGUGUUACUGUCUCCACGGCCGGCAGGGGGAGACUGUGCCCCAGCCCGGGGUGACCCCCAGGAUCUUGUGUCCUCUGUACCGAGAGGAGUCGCAGAAUUGCUGGAAUGUUUCCCACUGGAGCCUGCUGUGUCGAGAAGCUGGGACGUGGUUCUUGGCGGGAGCGGGCAGGGCUCUUGAAGGUUGUCCCCGGCCCAAGUUCUUCUCCCCACUCCAAUCCCAUGGGCUCUGGAUCACCCACGUAACCCACGGGGCCUACCUGGAGGACCAGCUGGCCUGGGACUGGAAUCCUAAAGGGGAAGAGAUGAAGAAUCAGACCUGCCCUCGCUCCACUGCUCAGGGUGCCUGCGGGCUUCGCCCAGGGCCAGAGGGAGCCAGGGAACCGUGGCCCUGGGUAGUCGAAGUGCACGUUGCUGGGAGCAAGCCCUGCAGCGGGACUCUGGUGGCCCCCGGCUGGGUUCUGGCAGCCGCUCACUGUGGGCUCAGACAAGGCACCGAGGCCUCUCUCCACGUGAUCCUGGGCAGGACUGGGGCAACCCCGCCCCCACUGGACCACGAGAUAUCCCGGAAAGUCACCAGGGUCCACCUGCCCGUUGGACCAUCUUCCCAGCCCUCUUUCGCCCUCCUGGAGUUGGGGGUCCAAGUGGAGCCAUCCCCCUCUGCCCUCCCGGUGUGUCUCCACUCUGGGACCAUCCCCCCAGGAACCAGAUGCCAGGUGUUGGGGUGGAAGGACCCAAGAGACCGAGUCCCGGUGGCCGUUCCCGUCUCCAUUCUGCCUUCGAGAUUCUGUCCCUGCCUCCAGCGGGGGAUGCUGCCCGGUGCACUCGUCUGUGUCCUGUACUUGGAGGGACAGGAGGAGAAGUUGGAGAUCGACUCAGCUCCAUCUCUCAUAUGUUUGGACAAGGGGGGCGUCUGGACCCUCCUCGGAGUGGCCGUGAGGGGCAGCCGGAAGCACUUCACCCUCGUGGGGAGACAGGCGGCCUGGAUCUCCCAGACUGCGGGGGGAGUCACCUUUGUGGGACAGUCUCACUCGGCCCCUGGCCUCCUGGGAAGCAGUGACCUUUGUCCCCCAGACUCCAAUGGAGCAGCCAAAGCUUCUCAAGCUACUCUCCUUCUCCUCCUGCUUCACCUGCUGCAAGACUGAGAGGUUCUGGGAGAGAACCUGAGGCUCACGGGAGGAAGGAGAGGCAGGAGUUGCUUGGGUUCCGGGGGCCAGGCAUCUAGGGGUUGAGGGGGCCAGAAGGUUUGUAUUCCCCUUUCUCUUCCCUUCCCCCUCCAUUUUCCCAUCUGACGUAAGUGGAAUGCGCCCCGUCCGGAUCCCCAGGCCGGAACCUCGAAAGCCACCCCUCCCUCCCGGGUGACUGCAUCGCCUGGGGCCCCCGCUAAUUGGACCCUGGUUCUGGCUGCUAUUUCAGGCCCAGGAAUUCAGAGGGGACGUGGGCGCUGGGACAAUAAACAACAUGGUUGACAUC